AUGCCCGAUAUGGUAAAUGCCAUCGUCGAAGCCCAGCUCAGUCUCGACCGUCUGCGCGACUUUUUGCUGGACGACGAGCUGUCGGUGGUCGGCUCGGGACCGCUGACUUCUGCCGGCAUUCGCUUGACCAACGUCACAUUACAAUACCCCCACACAUCUGCGACAGUGUUGAAAGACGUGACGCUGGCCGCGUCCGACGGCGCGCUCGUGGCGCUCGUAGGGGCCACCGGAUGUGGCAAGUCGUCACUGCUGCGUGGCGUCCUCGGGGAAGCCCACGCCGUAGACGGAUCGAUCUACAAGUACGGCACGAUUGCGUACGUGGCCCAACAGCCGUUUAUCCUGAACGCCACCGUGCGCGACAACAUCCUCUUUGGGCUCCCAUUUGACCAUGCCCGGUACACCGAAGCCAUCGACGUGUGCUGCUUGGAAUCGGACUUGGCUACCUUGGGGGCCGGCGACGCCACAGAGAUCGGAGAAAAGGGCAUCACGUUGAGCGGCGGCCAAAGGACGCGCGUCGCCCUCGCCCGCGCCGUGUACCAGAACGCUGACGUGUACUUGCUGGACGACGUCUUGGCUGCCGUCGACAACGACGUCGGUCGCCGCCUCUUUACCCAAUGCAUCCAGGGGGUGUUGAAGCGUAAGGUGGUCGUGCUGGCAACCAACUCCCCCGCCGUCCUCCACGGCUGCGACCAAGUGGUCGUGCUGGGUGACAACCGCGUGGUAGCCUCCGGGUCUCUUCUGGGCGUACAAGACGUACCGUACAUGGCGGCCAUGCUACAGCACCAUGGGGCGUCGGUUGCAGAACCAUCGUCCGUCGAGGCGACGACGUCAACUGUCAGCGACUUGGCCGCGGGGGACACUGAAAUCCAACUCAACGUCGUUCCCAAGGCCAUCAUUCCUGCCAAAUCCAGUGGUGGAAAACUCGUCGAGAAGGAAGAGCGUGGUCGCGGCAACGUGGGCGCUGUGGUGUACAAUGUGUGGCUCCAAGCGUGCGGUGGGUGGCCGAUGGUGUCGCUGGUGGUACUCGUGUACGUGCUCUGCGAAGGGAUGAGUGUGGCUGCGAAGGUGUGGCUGUCGUACUGGUCCGAACACGUCGAUCCAGCUGCCAUGCGCGUGGACUUGCUCAUCUUUGUGGUGCUCCAGCUGGUAUCGGUCGUGUUCAUCUACUUGCGCGCGUACGUGCUGUACAUGGGCACUGUCCAAGGCAGCACGCGACUGUUUCGGCAGCUCCUGCUUCGCGUGCUGCACGCCCCCAUGGCGUUCUUCGAGUCGACGCCGCUGGGUCGCCUCGCCAACCGAUUUACGAGCGACGUGUAUGUGGCGGAUGAGACGCUGCCCACGACAUGGGGGGCGCUCUUGGUCACGGCCAUCACGGUUCUGUACACGGUGGGCACGAUUGUGGGUGUCACGCCGUUGUUUGCUGUUAUUUUGGUGCCCAUCGCCAUGGGGUACAUUCAAUCCCAACGGUACUACAUCCAAACGUCGCGGGAGCUGCAGCGCCUCGAGUCCAUCUCCAAGUCGCCCGUGCUGUCGUUGUUUGGGGAAACCGUCGAAGGGAUCAGCAGGAUUCGGGCUGGGGACGGCGCUGCCGGAGCGUUCAAAGAGCGCAUGCAUAUGUUGGUGGACCGCAACGUCCAAGCGCUAUUCCUCAACUUUAGUGUCAACUGCUGGCUGUCGGUUCGUCUCGAGUUUGCCGGCACUGCCGUCGCGUCGUUUGCUGGCUUGUGUGCCGUGUGGCAGCAUGGGUCGGCAACGUCUAGUCUGUUUGCAGGACUCGCUGGCGUGUCCCUUUCAUAUGCGUUUACUAUGACCAAGUACCUGUCCCAGUCUGUGACCAACUACAGCAGCCUGCAGACGCAAAUGAUCUCGAUCGAGCGCAUCGACGAAUAUAUUCAAUUGCCCCUGGAACAAAGUCAACUACUAGCCGUGUCAGCCCCUCCAUCUUCGUGGCCACAAACCGGCACGAUCGAGUUUAUGGACGUCAACUUGCGGUACCAACCGCACAUGCCCCGUGUGCUGGACCGUUUGUCCUUUACAAUCCCGUCGCAAGCCAAGAUUGGAGUCGUGGGGCGCACGGGGGCUGGCAAGUCGAGUGUGAUGGCGGCGCUGCUGCGCCUCGUCGAGUUGGAAAGCGGCCGCAUCCUGCUUGACAAGGUAGACAUUGCGUCCCUUCCGCUUCAUACGCUGCGGCGGGCCGUGUCGAUCAUUCCGCAAGAACCGGUGCUGUUUUCCGGCUCCAUUCGCUCAAACUUGGACCCGUUUGCCUUGUACGACGACGCUGCGUUGUGGGCAGCGGUCAAGCAAGUGAACGUGGCGUCCGUCACGUCCCUGGACGACUUCGUGAACGAACGGGGCGGGAACUUUAGCGUCGGCGAGCGGCAGUUGCUGUGCAUCGCCCGCGCCCUUGUCAAGCAAUCCAAGGUCGUCUUGAUGGACGAAGCCACGGCGUCCGUCGACGUCAACACGGACCGCCUCGUCCAAGCGCGGUUCCGCGAAGCGUUUUCGACCUGCACGACGAUCACCAUUGCCCACCGCCUCGAUACGAUCAUGGAUGCCGAUCGGGUGUUAGUCAUGGACCAAGGCAAUGUCGCUGAAUUCGACGCCCCCGCUAUCCUGUUGCAGAACCCACAAGGCAUUUUCUACCAAUUGAGCCGACAAGGCACUACGAGCCAUAUGAUUGCGUAGUGUACUAGCAAGUACAUAUUAUGAAGUACCUUGAACUAACAUAUCAUUCCAACGGCAUGGUUACAAUGAUGUAAGCUUACUAAUGUUAGUAGUAAAGUUAG